UGGUUGAGCUGCCUGAUGGAAAACUUUCUCCUGGGCUGGUCGUUAACUAAAUCCCAGUGUUGCUCUGCCAGACUGGACAGGAAAGAUCGACUGAGAAGUUGCUUUCAGUCACACAGGUGUCUCUCAAGAUGGAAACCAAGAAGAGGACUCUUCUGGAGAACUUGCGUCUGAGAACCAAAUCACCCAAAAAGCCACAAAAGAAACCACUUGCCUUGCAGGGUAGGCGCAUGGCCGCCCACCGGCGUAGCAUUUCUGUACCAGACCUUACGCUUGUGCCAGGCGAAGCCUUUUCUACAGACAGCGUGUCUACUACAUCCGAUAGCAUCUACUUUGGCACCUCCCCUGGUCAUAGUGAUACCGAUUCUCUUGCUAGUGUCUCAACCACUGAUGGAUCCGUUUUCAUGGAGAAACUCAGUGAUCCAGGCACACAGACUUCAUCCACCUCCCCUCUGUAUGCGCAGGUGGAUAAAAGAGCCAAGAGAAAUGUACGAAAGUUUACCUUUGAACAUCUUCCUGCACCAAGAUCUGUCUACCCCAAUUUACCAAUGUCCGAAAAAGCGGAGAGUGUGAGUUUGCCUGGAGAAGACCGCUCACCUGUCCCUUUCAGCUCUGCUGCUCCUCCGCGCCUGACCAGAACAACCUCGCAAGGGGAUGAAAGCAGCCUGAACUCGGAUAAAAGUACCACAUCAAUGGAGCAAAAACUGCAGUCAUCUGAAAAAGAUACUCCACCACCAGUCAGAUCGUUGUCAGAUAGGACGUCUCUGGAUGCACCCUUGGAAAGUGCAGAUGGUACGUCUCUGGAAUCUGUAACCGGGACGUCCAGUGAGGAGCAACACGGCGUCCCCUGGUCAACAGAAUGGGAGGAAAUGAGCCAAGACCCCUGCUCUCCUUUGCAGAUGAAAGAGUUCUCCAUGGAGGAAGGUCUGCUUGACUUCCCCCAUCCCGAUGAAUCACUGGAGGAGUUCUGUCCUGAAGCGGUUGAUGCCUUCGAUGAAAAUGCUUUAUAUCCCCUAGAAACCUUGGAGUCACUGACACCUGGCCCUGAUGCUCAAACACCGGCCCCAUUUCAGAGGUAUCUCUUGAAUAUCAACCUGAAGGAGGGAAGAAACCUGGUGGUCAGAGACAAGCGCUGCGCUACGAUCGAUCCUUAUGUGAAGUUCAAGCUUGAAGGAAAACAGUUCUACAAAAGCAAAGUCGUUUACAAAAAUGUGAAUCCUCGCUGGGAUGAGUCGUUUGCUCAUCCUCUUCGAGACCGGGAGCACAUUGUGGAAGUUCGGGUGUACGAUAAAAAUCGGACUGCUGAUGAGUUCAUGGGUUCCAGCUUUAUUUCUUUGAAAGACAUUGAACUGAACAAAACAUAUGAAAUGGAGCUGAAUCUUGAUGAUCCAAAAAGCAAAGAAUAUUAUAUGGGAGUUAUCCUUGUGGAUAUCUGUUUAAUGCACAGAGACGCCACCAUCAAAAGAGGCCCUAGAUUCCUUCAAAGAAAGAAUAAGCAAAACCAAGCCGUGCCAUCCCGCCCCGCUGAAUCGCCGAAGAAUCAGCUGAAGAACCAGAUGUGGACUGGUGUGUACCGCAUCACGGUGGCGGAGGGGCAGGACCUGCCGCAAUACGGCCAGGGGGACGUGUACGUUCGGUUUCGCCUCAGUGAUCAGAAGUACAAGAGCAAGAACCUUUGCAUUCAGCCAAACCCCCAGUGGAGAGAGCAGUUUGACUUCAACAAGUUUGAAGAUAAGCAGGAACUUCUGCAGGUGGAAGUGUGCUCAAAGAGAGGGAGGAAGGCAGAGGAAUCCUGGGGGAUGUUCGAGGUUGACCUUUCAAGGCUCCCCCCCAACGAGAGGCAGAUCUACACUCACGUGUUGGACCCAGGAAAAGGCCGGCUGGUGGUCCUCGUCUCCCUGGUACCCUGCUGGGGAGUCUCCGUAUCUGAGAUGGAAACAGCCACCAUGACCAAUCCAGAGGAGAAAGACAAAGUUCUGAAUAAAUAUAAUUUAGGAAACACUCACAAGUGUGUAGGAGACGUGGGGCUCCUUCAGGUCGGCGUCAUAAGAGCAAAUGACCUCGCUGCUGCAGACAUCAACGGAAAAAGCAACCCUGUGUGUGUUGCUGAGCUCGGGAACUGCAGACUUCAAACUCACACGGUCCACAAAACAACCAACCCAGAGUGGAACAAAGCCCUCACAUUCCCCAUUAAGGACAUCCACGAUGUGCUCGAGUUGACCGUCUUCGACAACAACGGAGAUAAAUCCCCAUCCUUUCUGGGCAAAGUAGCCAUUCCCUUACUGAGUGUUCAGAACGGCCAGCAGGUAUGUCUGUUGUUGAAGAAAGAAGACCUGGGGAGGACGGCUAAAGGAACCAUCACACUGGUGCUGGAGGUUAUCUACAACAAAGUGAGAGCCGGUAUCAGGUCCUUCCAACCAAAGGAGGCAAAACUAAUCGAGGAAAAUGUGAAGUUCAACAAAAAGGUUCUUGCCAGGAAUAUAUAUCGGGUUCGAAAAAUCAGCACAGCAGUUCUGUACACGUUACAGUACAUUAAAAGCUGUUUUCACUGGGAGAGCACGCAAAGGAGUCUAAUAGCCUUUCUGAUCUUCCUUGUGACAGUGUGGCACUGGGAGUUCUUCAUGCUGCCCCUCUUCCUGCUCCUGCUCAUCGGCUGGAACUACUUCCAGCUCUCUACGGGAAGAGCCAGCUCCAACCAGGACCUGGUGAACAUGACCAUGGGUGAUGACGAAGAGGAAGACGAGAAGGAAUCUGGGAAAAAGGGUUUGAUGGAUAAAAUACAUAUGGUCCAGGAAGUGGUGCUGGUGGUCCAGACUGUUUUGGAGGAAAUUGCAAAUAUCGGCGAACGAAUCAAGAACAUAUUCAACUGGUCUGUCCCAUUCCUGUCUUGCUUGGCCUGCCUGAUGCUUUUUGCGGGAGCGACACUGUUAUAUUUCGUCCAGCUACGAUACAUCGUGCUGAUAUGGGGCAUUAACAAGUUUACCAAGAGGCUGCGAAACCCAUAUGCUAUUGACAACAAUGAAUUACUGGAUUUCCUCAUGAGGGCGCCUUCUGAUGUUCAAAAGGUGCAGUACAGUGCGCAGAGAGCGCCCACCAGCCAGAACCAGCCGCGGAAGAAGAAGUGAGCUCGGCGGACGCGCCGGAUGAAAGGCUGGUCUCUUUUUCAAGCAUGGCACGAUUCAGUCCACCUGACAAACAACGCUCCACUGCCAGCCGAACCCGUGACCCCGCGUACCCCGCCACGCCACCGUAACUCUGCCCCCUGCUGCGGAGGGGCAGUCAGCCGCUCUCUGGUUUGUGUGUUUGCCACCCCCCUGACAGGGGCUGUGAACUGCAGCCGCUAUGAGGGCAGCACAUGGUGCUGUCAAUCACCAGCUUGGAGGUAAAGAAAAGAGAACAUUGCGGGCCUCAGCCUUCAUCUUUGGAUAUAAUUUAGAGAAAUAAUGGAAGGUGUGGGGUUCAGCUUACCUGAGACCUCCAAUGUUUUGCUUUUUUUUCUGCUUUUUUUGUUUAACUUUGGUAUAACUGAGAUAUUUGCCUCCAGGUACAGCUAACACAGCCUUAAAAACACUCCAAUAACGAUAUAUUUAAGGAGAAAAAUAACCUUGUUUGCACUGAAUUGUACUAUAUUUUAUUGUGAUAAUAUACUGCUCAAUCAGCUUUAAAUUGACCUAAAACUCUGUAUAUAAUUAUGAAUUAAAUGUCUGCUCCUUCCAGCUACUUGGUUUCAGUAAAUCUGUGCCGGUUAUGUUUGAUUCUUGUGAUAGUGAAGUGUUGUAUUGAAUAAAGACGCUUGAUCAGC